AUGAAAUUUAUAUCUACCGUUUUCUCUCUGUCAGCAAUUGUUUCAACAACAGUUGCUGACUGGCAGUUUAGAUCAAGACCUGACUUAUCAGCUCCAAUAUUAAACAUCACUAUUCCUGCAACAGAGGAAACAUCUCCAGGGUACAUAUUUGCUGCACCAUUUUCUGGGUUCGCAGACAGAAAUCAUCAUGGUCCGAGACAAGAGGGUCCAUAUAUAUUUACUGACAAAGGUGAAUUAGUUUGGUCUGGGUUUGGUUAUUAUUCAAUUUGGGCUACUAAUUUCCAAAAAGCAAGAUAUAAAGGUGAAGACAUUCUCUUUUCAUUUGAAGGGUUGCACAAUCCUUAUUAUGGCCAUGGACAUGGACAUAUUACGUUGUUGAACAAAAACUACGAAACUAUUAAAGAGUUAAGAGCAGGCAAGCAUAAAGUUUCUGAUAAACAUGAGUUCCAUAUUAUAAAUGAAAAGACUGCCUUGAUUCAAAUAUACCAACCAGUUCCUGCAGAUCUAACUCCUUACAAUGCUACUCCAGAGCAACAAUGGAUCGUUGACUCCAUUUUCCAGGAGUUGGACAUCGAAACUGGCGAGGUUUUGUAUGAGUGGAGUUCACUGGAACAUGUCUCGCCGAAUGAUUCCGUCUUGUCCGUAACUGAAGGGCAAGCGGGCGCUGGUUUUAAUUCUAGUGAUGCAUGGGACUAUUUCCACAUCAAUUCGGUUGAUAAAGAUGAGGACGGAAAUUACUUGCUCUCUGCUAGAAAUGCAGCUUCAUUGUACAAGAUUGACGGGUCUUCCGGAGAAAUAAUCUGGAAAUUGGGCGGGCUACCAAAUAUCACAUCAUCAUCUUUUGAUUCUAACUUCAAUUUCUCUUUCCAGCACCACGCUAGAUGGAUCGAACAGGACGGUAGCAAAGAGAUUAUUUCUUUCUAUGAUAACUCGGCACAAGGAACGGAAAAUGGGGUAGGGAAUGUGGUAAGUUACUCACCAACUUCUUCAGGAAAGGUUAUAGAAGUUGAUUUUAAGAAAGGAAACGCUUACCUAUUGAAGUAUUAUUUGCCGCCGGACAAUCUAUUAUCAAAAUCUCAAGGAUCAAUUCAAAUCCUUCCAAAUGGUAACGCGAUUGUCAAUUGGGGUUCAUCAGGGGCUGUUACAGAAUUCAACAAAGAAGAAACCCCAAUAUUUCAUGCCUACUUUGACUCCGGUCAUCUCGGUGAGAAGGUUGAAAAUUACCGCGCUUUCAAGUUUAAUUGGACCGGUGUUCCUCACGAAGACAUUGCUGUGUUUUCUGAAUAUACCAACGAUGAUGAAACUAAGAUAUAUGUUUCAUGGAAUGGUGACACAAGAACCAAAACUUGGAAAUUUUUCACUGUAGAAGAAGAUGGAAGCAGAAUUCUAUUAGGGUCCACACACAGAACAGGAUUUGAAACAACCUUUACCGCAAAGAAAAAAAUCGACGAUGGUAUCUUGGUCGAAGCUUUCUCCGCAGAUGGUACUAAACUGGGAUCUUCAGAGUCAGUAUAUUCUCAAAAACAAGUUUUGCCGUACAAAAAAAGUAUCGUUUCGCCAAACAGCUCAGAAAAUACUUCCAGAGCAGCAUUCUUGAACUACUUUGAAUGGAAAGUAUUGGCAGAAUUCCUUGGAUGUCCCCUCUCUUGA